AUGAGUUUAAAUACCGAUGAUGCCACAGCCAUCUGUGACCGGGAGCCCCAGAGAGCAAAAUUCGCCGUGCUCUCAGGGAUCCUCGAUCAAUCACAAUCAUGGGCAUGUGUGAGCUCAGCACCUGCUAAAAACAUUGAAAGAAAUAUUGAAAUGAUUUCCACAAUUAUUUUCUCUGUUUUUCUUUUCCUGGCUCUGUCAGCUGGAACAGUAAGUCUGAUCAGCAAGAGCCACAAAGGUGACAAUCCUCUGCUCAAUUAUGUGCUGAACAACUCUUUAAGGGAGCAUCCAGUGCUGACUAAACUGCGCCUGAAAACAAUGGAAGAUCCCUUGAACAUUAUGUUGGUGGCUUCAGAAGAAGCUCAAUUAAUGGCUAAUCUAAUAAAACUGAUUAAAGGCAACAAAACAAUCGAAAUAGGCAUGUAUACAGGAUACAAUGCCUUGAGUAUGGCUUUGUCCAUUCCCGAGGAUGGCCGAGUGGUGGCCUGUGAAAUCAAUGACUCUUAUGUGCAAAUAGCCAAGCCGUUCUUCAGAGAGGCUGGAGUAGAAAAGAAAAUUGACAUCCAGUAUCAAAUUGCACUUAAAACCUUGGAUGAACUCCUUGAGGCUGGUGAAGCGGAAACCUAUGACUUUGUAUUCAUUGAUGCAGACAAGAUAAACUAUGAAAAUUACUAUGAGAGAUCCCUCCAGCUUAUUCGUAAAGGUGGCAUAAUAGCUAUUGAUAAUGUCCUUUGGGGAGGGAGAGUCAUAAACCCUGACAAGGAUGAUGUCAUCUCCCAGACCAUUGACCGGCUGAAUAAAAAACUCCACAAAGACCAUCGAGUGGAUCUGAGCAUGCUCCCUGUGGCUGACGGCCUAACCCUGGCUAUUAAAUUAUAA